AUGGCCUCUGUGUGCCUGGUCGGGGCGACUGGCCUGGUCGGAUCGCACAUCCUCAGCACAUUGAAGACGACAGAAAAAGUCAAGAAGAUCGCAGCGUUCGCUCGGAGGGAGCUGCCUGCCGAUGCAAAGUUGGAGGCAAUCGUGUCCAAAGACACGACAUCCUGGCCGCAGCAAUUUCCAACUGGCAUCGACCUUUUCGUCUCGGCCCUUGGUACGACUCGCGCAGCUGCAGGCGGUCUCGAUGAGCAAAGGAAAAUAGACUAUGACCUCAACCUGGCUUUGGCACAGGCAGCAAAAGCGGCUGGUACCAAGGCUUAUGUGCUGAUAUCUUCAUCCGGCGCGAACAGUUCCUCGAUGAUGGGCUACGCUAAACUGAAGGGUGAUUUGGAAGAUGCCGUUGCUGCCCAUGUGAUUAUCAUUCGUCCAGGCCUCAUCGUGGGUAGUCGCAACGAGAGCCGCAUCCCAGAGUUUGUCUUGAGGAAGAUUGCCGACUGUGCCGGUGCAGUGAGCGCGAAGCUGAAAGACCCAUGGGCCCAGGACAGCGAUGUCAUUGCAAAAGCAGCUGUAAAGGCUGGCCUCGAGUGUCUAUCAGGGAAGACAAAGGAGAAAGUGCAGAUCAUCGGCCAGAGCGAUGUAAUACGACUCGGCAGGACGGAGUGGAAUCUUUGA